GCGCUGGUAAAUUGUAUUGCACCCAGAGGGAAUUGCCAUUGGUCCAGACAAGAGAUUUGGGGCAGGCGUGGACUGAACGAAGGUGAAAAUACUUGAACAAUCUCACGAGAAAAUAUGAGAUUUUACUGAUUAUUGUUUACAUUGUAAAAACAUGAGAACCGAACCGAAUCGAUCCGGAUUCAACUGAAACGCCUGCUACAUCACAACUUCCGAAACAGAUGGUUUCUUCCCUGCGGCGAGGAAGGCGACUGGAGCCGAACUUUGUUUUGAUCGAGCUGAAAGCCAGGACCCGAAAUUGAUCUCACCACCGGGGGAGAAAAAGAUAGGGGUAACGCUAGUUUAAAGAUAUCAUUUAUACCUGGUGGAAAAUCGCACAAUUUCGAGGGUCGCCAUUGUGUGAAAGGAGAUAUACCCGACAUAGACACGGUAUGGUCCUCGGUGAGAGGGAUGAAAUGGGGAUCCCCGCCUAAGGUGCACAGCAAGGCGGGUUUGGGAUACCCGGAGUUGUCGAGGCCUCCGAGGGAAUCCACCGUCGUCUACCUUGAGCUACACCGCCCACUCCAGUGUCUCGAUCGUUAACAGUCAGCACGCGAGGGACGCGGCUGUGGAUGCGGCCUAGCCUGGGAGGGUCUGCCGAGCAACGGGGAAACAACGGGGACGGUUUCAGGCCCUCCGGAGGACCGAGAAAAUAUUAAAUUGCACCAUGAUGGAAGAACUGCACAGCCUCGACCCCCGACGGCAGGAACUGUUGGAGGCUCGCUUCACUGGGGUCGGCGUAGCUAAGGGCUCCGGCCAGAACCAAAAUGAGUCAUCCAAUCAGAGUCUAUGCAGUGUAGGCUCGCUCAGCGACAAAGAGCUAGAGACUCCUGAGAAAAAAGCAAAUGAGCAGAGAGUGAGAAAACGGAAAGCAGACCAUUUUGACGGCAGCCAAGGAAAAGCAGGUGCAAGGGGACAUAAAAUUAGUGAUUAUUUUGAGUUUGCGGGAGGUAGCGGUCCUGGUACCAGCCCUGCCAGGGGAAUUCCACCAGUGGUCCGCUCUUCCCCACAACACUCCCUCUCCAACCCCCCUGUCACGGUGCAGCAGGGAAGCCCCUCCUCCGUAAACUCGGUCAACACGGAGCACUCGACGUGCUCACUGAAGCCUGCUUCUCUUCACAUGCUCCACAAAGCCACACAGUCUGACCUUACUAUAGAGAAACUAACAGCAAUGGAGAACAACAAGAACUCUGACCUGGAGAAGAAGGAGGGCCGAAUAGACGAUUUGCUGCGGGCAAACUGUGAUCUGAGGAGACAGAUUGAUGAACAGCAGAGGAUGCUUGAACGAUACAAGGAGCGCUUAAAUAAGUGUGUGACCAUGUCUAAGAAGCUGCUGAUUGAAAAAUCCAAGCAGGAGAAGAUGGCGUGCCGGGACAAAAGCAUGCAGGACCGGCUUCGACUGGGUCACUUCACCACAGUGAGACAUGGAGCGUCUUUCACUGAGCAGUGGACGGAUGGAUAUGCCUUCCAAAACCUUAUCAAGCAACAAGAAAGAAUAAAUUCCCAGCGAGAGGACAUUGAAAGACAGAGGAAGCUGCUGGCCAAACGCAAACCGCCCUCCAUGGUCCAGACUCCACCUCCAAGCCUGGAGCAAAACAAACGCAAAAGCAAAACCAAUGGAACAGAAAGUGAAGCGUUAUCACAGGCCGAGUACCACGAACAAGAGGAAAUCUUUAAGCUAAGACUAGGCCAUCUUAAGAAGGAGGAGGCAGAAAUCCAGGCGGAGUUGGAGAGGUUGGAACGAGUGCGGAACCUGCACAUCCGAGAGCUGAAAAGGAUUCACAACGAGGAUAAUUCUCAAUUCAAAGAUCACCCUACGCUAAAUGACCGAUACCUGCUUCUCUAUUUACUCGGACGGGGAGGUUUCAGUGAAGUUUACAAGGCCUUCGACUUAACAGAGCAAAGGUAUGUUGCGGUCAAAAUCCACCAGUUAAACAAGAACUGGAGGGAUGAGAAGAAGGAAAACUAUCACAAACACGCGUGCAGAGAAUAUAGAAUCCAUAAAGAGCUGGACCAUCCACGAAUAGUUAAACUCUACGACUACUUUUCGCUCGACACUGACUCGUUCUGCACGGUCCUGGAGUACUGCGAGGGCAAUGACUUGGACUUCUACCUGAAGCAGCACAAGCUUAUGUCAGAGAAAGAGGGGCGCUCCAUCAUCAUGCAGAUUGUUAACGCUCUGAAGUACCUCAAUGAGAUCAGACCGCCCAUUAUCCACUACGACCUUAAACCUGGUAAUAUCCUUCUGGUGAACGGCACUGCCUGCGGGGAGAUCAAGAUCACAGACUUUGGCCUGUCGAAGAUCAUGGAUGACGACAGCUACAACUCUGUGGAUGGCAUGGAGCUGACGUCACAGGGAGCAGGGACAUACUGGUACCUGCCCCCGGAGUGCUUUGUGGUCGGGAAGGAACCACCCAAAAUCUCCAACAAGGUGGAUGUGUGGUCUGUGGGAGUCAUCUUCUACCAGUGUUUGUAUGGCCGCAAGCCCUUCGGCCACAACCAAUCCCAGCAGGACAUCCUGCAGGAGAACACCAUACUGAAGGCAACAGAUGUGCAGUUUCCCCCUAAACCAGUAGUCACACCUGAAGCGAAGGCCUUUAUAAGGCGCUGUCUAAUCUACCGUAAGGAGGACCGCAUCGAUGUGCAUCAGCUGGCCAGUGACCCCUUCCUCAUGCCCCACAUCCGCAAGUCAGUGGCUUCCUCGGGCACCUCGGGCAUGGCCGUGGCCUCCACAUCCAGUUCCUCCAACAGCAGCGCCUCAAACUGAGCCCACGCCCCUUAACUGACUGACUGCACCAUUUAAAGGGGUGGGGUGGGGGCGACGCCAUAUUGUGUCCUCCUUCCAGACAGCAUCCCACCUUGCCAUGAGGAGAAAGAGAAACGGGUCAGACCAAGGCGAGGGCUGGGUGAGGAGUCAUGGACGGGGUUGGGAAGGGAGACCCACGUCACCCUUCAUCCCUCUCAUGUCCACCCAUCCCAGCCUACCUGUCCUUUCUCAAAAGGGUGGUAUUGUUCUGGGGGUCAAAGCCCUGGACGACUAACGCAGUAAGGUUUAGCACUGUGUUGGUAAAAAAAAAAAAAAUGGGGUUCAGUGUUUGGGAUUUUUCUUUUCUGCUUUAAAAAAGAGAAAAUAAAAAGUGUAGAACUGCUUCAGCUUGGCCAGAUGGAAAGGACUGCGGAGGGCCUCGCACCCGUACACACUCACACAUUACACCCCAUGCAUGAGCCAUUCUGGUCCAAGGUAGUCUGAACUCCCCAAGCUCAAACAUUUAGUUUGUUCUCAUCUCCCUGAACCUAACUGACAGAACCAGUCUGGCCUGUUUAUUGUAUCGAACCCUAAAUAUCUACGGCACCGUCACCCAACCCCCCGCUGUUCUGGGAUCCCCCCUGCCCCGCUUAAAUUCCAGACCCAGAUAGAUUGUGACGAGGAGGGACAGAAGCUACUAUUCCCCGUCUCCUCGUCCAGCUCCUGUGACCAAAGCUUGUAACUUCCAGCUGGUGGCAGUGUUCCACCUCCGUUUUUAUAUUGACUGGUUUGAGUUGUGUUCCUUGAUAUGAAGUGGAAGCUGUUGAGAGAUGACCCCCUUUUACAUUUUUUUAAAGAACUUUUCAAUUUAACCAGUUUUAUGGAGAAAACUGUUGUUUUUCAAGUUGCCUUUUAAUUAGAACUGUUAUUGCUUUUGAUUGACCCCCCCCCCCCCCCCCCCCCCCCACUCCCAUAAACACACAUAUUUAUUUAGGUAUGUUUGAAUUUAUUUUUGGCCAAUAAAAUGCAAGGGACUGGUUUACCUAAUGGUACUGUUGGGGGAGAUUGGGCCUUAGCAGAGAGUUGCAUAAACCAUUAAAUACUAUUGGUUAAAAUGGGUUUGUUGUUCUGGGCUUCUGUCAAACUGCUUUCUCUGAAGGAUUAACUACCAUUUACAGCACCGCUAAAGAUGUAUUCAUGAGUAUUAUGUCUGGAUUAGAUUGUUUUUAAAGUGUGUUUACAGACUAUAAACCAAACGUACGACUUUGGCUUCCAACGCUCCCAAAAAACUAUACUGGAGUAAUAUAUCUUGUCAUAAAUCCAGCGCACCCCUUCCAUUUAAAGUGGUUCGCUUUCUGCUCGUCGGCGUAGGUCGAGCCCUUCAUGGAACGGAGGCUUUAGCGCUGCGACCCUCUAGGUCGGCUUGAAAAGGUCCGGGGUGAAGGUACAGCACCCCUCGCCCACAAGCGCUCGCAUGAUUAAAUCAUUUCAGGAUUUAGAUGAUAUAAAACAGGAUAUGUUGAAAAUAAAUAAAUAAUAAAAGGCUUUUUUUUUUUUAAAGGAUAAGUGAAUUGAUUUAAAAGAUGUCACUGAUGCAAGGCUCAAAUCCUCAGGCGGGUGCUCCAGAGCUGAUGGACCUUGACCGAAAUCUGUCACCUUCAGUCUUGAGCCGGGACUCAGGAGCAGCCAGCAGAGCCCUGCCUGAGGAUCUGCUUCAUGGGGGAGCACUAAUGCAGCAAUGUAGGCUGCACAUAGACGGUAUAAAAUAGGGCUGAACCCUGAAGUAAAAUGUUAAAAUCGAAA